AGCACAGAAUUAUUUUCAGUUUGACACACAGCGGCAACCGAACAAAAAAGUAUUUGAUCUUGCCGGCAGCUAACUUGCUAUUAAAAUUAGCGGGAUCCAGCAGUUAAGGUAGCUGGAUCGUCGCUUCAGUCUGGUCAAUACGGACAAGGUUAGCUUGUUACGUUUAGUCUUUGGAAAAGAUAAUUCAUAAUAUUUUGGGGUUGGUUAUAAGUACGUAUUACUUUGAAACUGCAGUGUGUGUAUAUAAAGAAAACAUUUAUGUACGUAGUUAGCUAACCAACGGGAUAUCUGUGACUGUCAGGUGCGAAUGGUGUAAAAGAAAAUGGACUUAUAAUUAUUAAUCUGAACAAUCUGAAUAUUAGUACAAUAAAAGUAGGUGCUCAAAGCGGCGGAUAUUGGCUUUAGUAAAUGUUCGAUAAAUAGCUGUAGCACGGGACCGGAAAUUGGCGGGUAAACUAUUUCCUUAAUCACGUUGAAAGCCCAGUUUUUAUAAAGCCAAAAGCUGCCUCAGGACCUGGUGAGGCACUGCGAUUUAAAGUUCUGGCCACAUAGAUUAUGACCCAGUACCAGCCGCAGACACUGAUCAACCUCUCCAGCUUCUCCAGCACCGUGAAAGCCGACCCCAGUUCCACCCCUCCCCUCUCCACCAGCAUGGCCAACAGCACCGCUGCUGCCCCGAGCAAGGUGCUGGGGACCCCCGGUCCUGCCGGGAGGCUGAGCCCCGAGGGCACACAGGUGCUCAGCAAGAAGAAGCUGCAGGACCUGGUAAGGGAAAUCGACCCAAACGAGCAGCUGGAUGAGGACGUUGAAGAGAUGCUGCUGCAAAUCGCCGACGACUUCAUAGAGAGCGUGGUGACUGCCGCAUGCCAGCUGGCUCGCCACCGCAAGUCCAACACGCUGGAGGUGAAGGACGUCCAGCUGCACCUGGAGCGCCAGUGGAACAUGUGGAUCCCCGGCUUUGGUUCUGAUGAGAUCCGCCCCUACAAGAAGGCCUGCACUACAGAAGCCCACAAACAGAGGAUGGCACUGAUCCGCAAAACAACCAAGAAAUAGUAGCACUGGAGGAAGCUGGACGGACACACUCUGAUUCUUGUACCUUUUUCCUUUAUUUUUAAAAUCUGGGUUUGUCUGGGUUGGGUCACUGGCUGCAGAAGAUAAGAUGUGGGAAAUCCCCAAGUUAUGAUGUGUUUAAGGACCUGAUAUCAUGUACAUUUUUAAGACUAGGGGUGGGGUGAGGGCGGGGAUGGGGGUGGGGUUAGGUGGGGAUGUAACCUUUCUUACCUGGUUCAUUCGUACGCCAUGAGUCUGAGUUCCACGUGCUUCGAGGCAGGACCCCAAGGGCUGGCCAACACUGUGCUCGAACUGUGAGGAGUGCUGUCACUUUGAUUUUUUUUAAAUAUAUAUUUUGGAUAGUUUGCCAAAGUGCACCAACUGCUCCCACUGUAUGUACUCGGUCACCUAUUUUUGUUUUGAUUUGGCUUUUUAACAGCAUUUGGAGCCAGAUUCAGAUGGAUGUCGGUUGAAAAUAAUGUAGCUCAACGCCAUGCCGGCUUGUCUGACUGCAGUCUGCACGUCAUCCAUGACAUCAUCUCCGUGCGUUUCGGUUCGUAGGCAUUCUCCAGUGUAUCCAUGGCGUUGUGAGCCUGGGGUGUGUUGUCUUCAAUGUCCCAUUAGUUGUCUUCUGUUGCCUCGCUGCUGCCCCCAGUGGAGAGAGGCACAGUAGGGUUUAUAAGUGGUGAGAAGUGUGACGUUUAAGAAACACGUCGUGUGUGAUUUUCAUGCACUGCCGUCUCCCCUUGUUAGUUUAUUGGCAUCCACAGUGAUUGACAUCUCAGCCUCUGACAGAACCUGGCAGUUCUCCCAUGGUUUCUAUGUUUGGGUCGCACCUUGAUUUAUUUGUUGAGUGUUCAGUACUGUAGGUCCAGGUCCAGGUUCUGUCUUUGGAACGGGGUUCUCCAAAGCCACAGUCUGACUGCACAUUAGAUUCUGCUCGACGUGGAUCGUAGAUCGUCAGUGCCGUCAGCCUGCGACGGAGUCAAUGGCAGCCCUUUCGUGUAUCCCAGAGUUUUGACCAUUGGGGUGGGGGGGCGGGGGGGGGGGCGUUGUUUGUGUGUUAUCACGCUGCUUCGCGAUGGAAUGUGUCCCCAUUACGCAUUCGGGGGUUGGGUGAAAUGGGCUUUUAAAGCAUGGUGUGUGAAACAAAGGUGCAGUUUGCUGUGCGGGGUGGGGGGGGAUGUGGACACUCAAGCAAGGUAUGGGGGGGUGACUGACUUCCUCAGCAGCGGGGUCACAUCUUUGAGUUCGUAUGAUGGUUUAAAUACUCCCCUUGUUUUUCCCUGUCAAUAAAACGUGACUAAUUUCCCUGUA